AGUAGUGUAUUAAAACUGAUUUGGGCUCAUGAAUAAAAAUUUAUCAUUGUCUCAAGUAGUCAGUUUCUGUUCUGGCUGUACAUCUGCAAACUAGUGUACAAAUAAUAAUGGAUUCAGUAAUAUGUGGUAUUAUACUUAGUGUGGUGAUUUUAAUUACAACUAAACAUGUUCAUUCACAGUAUGUGUUUAAAACUGAAUACUUUGAUGCAAAGUUGGAUCAUUUCACAUUUCUGUCCAACACAACAUUCAAACUCCGCUACCUCGUUAACGACAGUUACUGGUCUCCAGAUACAAAUGCUCCAAUAUUCUUUUACACUGGCAAUGAAGAUGACAUCACAGUUUUUGCGCAAAACACUGGAUUCAUGUGGGAAAUCGCACCUGAGUUUAAUGCUCUUAUCGUCUUCGCAGAGCAUCGCUUCUAUGGUGAAUCGCUACCAUUUGGAAACAAGUCAUAUGAUCAAGGUAAUAUUGGUUACCUCUCCUCCUCCCAAGCUCUGAUGGACUUUGUAGACCUGAUCUCAGAACUGAAGCAUAAUCACUACAGACAAUACCCGGUUGUGUUGUUUGGGGGCUCGUAUGGUGGCAUGCUGGCAGCCUGGCUCCGUAUGGAAUAUCCUGCAGCUGUUACAGGGGCGAUUGCAUCGUCUGCACCGAUAUGGCAGUUCACUGGUAUGACUCCGUGUAAUGCUUUCAAUCGUGUUUUGACUUCAGCGUUCACCAGAGUUUCACACAAGUGCAGUCACAACAUCCGCAAGUCUUGGAAGGCGAUCAAUGAUAUAACUAAAACCGAUUAUGGAAAAUCAUGGCUGUCUACAACAUGGAAACUAUGUGAACCACUCAAGACCUCGCAAAAUGUAACAGACCUCAAGAACUAUCUGAUUGAUGUAUAUGGCAACCUGGCCAUGGUAAACUACCCCUACCCAACUGGUUUCCUGGCACCUCUGCCAGGUCAUCCUGUCAGGGCUGUUUGUAAACAUUUGCUAAAAGAAGAUUUAGAAGGGAAGAAACUUUUGAAUGCCUUGUUUGGUGCAGUUAGUGUCUACUUCAACUAUACAGGGGAUGCACAAUGUCUCGACUACCAACCCUCUCUGAUUGAUGACCUUUGGGGUUAUCAGGCAUGUACAGAAAUGGUGAUGCCAAUGUGCUCAGAUGGAAAACAUGAUAUGUUCGAGCCUUCCAAGUGGAACUUUAACGAUUAUGCAAAAGAAUGUUAUGAGCAAUAUGGAGUGUUACCCCAGCCUUUUCACGCCAAGAACUUGUAUGGCGGUAAACAUAUCAGUACAGCUUCAAACAUUAUAUUCAGCAAUGGGCAGUUAGACCCAUGGUCUAGUGGUGGAGUAUUACACAAUGUGUCAGCUACUGCCCAAGCUGUAUUCAUGGCUGAUGCUGCACACCACCUGGACCUGAGAGCUUCCAACCCGGCCGAUCCAGAGUCUGUUGUGGAGGCCCGCAAAUACUACCGGACUGUCAUACAGCAGUGGAUUUCUCAGUGAAUUUCAUGUCAGUUCUGUGAAAUCAAUAAAAAAAUAAUAAGUUGCUCCUAACAA